AUGGCUACUCUACAAGGCUCUGGAAUUCCCACAGUCAAAGUAGAAUCCGUGUCAGACCAAGUCAUCAAGCCAGAGCCCGCAGAUGACUCGCCUUCGCCCUACGUCGACGAUGACGAGGACAUGUACGAGGAGACCGGCGAUCUCGACUUUUCCCAGGCACAACAGCAGCUGUGGCUGAGCCAUGUCCCCAAGUCGCUGUGGGAGGCUCUUUCCACCCUGAAUGACGAAGACGAGAUUGAGAUCGGCACCAUCAGGGUGGAGGGUUCAGAAUCAAAUCCAUCCAGGGUCAGUCUACUGCUAAACAAGCUACCUCAAUUCGAGAACGAGCCAAAAGAAUACAACCUCUCCCUCCCGCCCAUCGAGAAAGUCAGGAGCCGAAGACCCGGCCAAGCGAUGGUGUUUUCAGAGAAAGAUCUACCAGGCUACAAAGCUCGGACAUUCACCUGGGACGAUCUUGACGAGGACGGAAACCCAGGACAAGGGCGAUCGUACCUGUACGAAAACCACAAACGCCAGAUCAAGAAGAAGGAGAACAAAGGCCGAUACACACCGUAUGCACGUCGGCCAAUCCCUAAACAGACCGCGAUCACGGGCACGGUUGCAAAGGAGUUUGAAGCGGUCCCGGUCAAGAACGACGAGUACUUUGUGCUGGAGAAUAAGCAAGCCGCAGAGCUCCUCAAGAUCCCCAGCCGAGAACAAGCGAUCUUCGCAACCGGCGACCAGGACCCUUCGAGGAAACAUCUACCGUUCAUGACGCAGACCGACAAAGCAAACGCUCUCAAGAACGCACAAGCGCGCCGCCAAGCUCAGAAAGAGACCCGCGCCGCGCGCGUUGAGAAACAUGUGUUGAUUGAUAAACUGCUCGAGUUAUUCCGCCAGCACCGCAUCUGGGGCCUACGCGACCUCAAGGCGAAAGUCAACCAGCCGGAGGCCUACCUCCGGCAGACGCUGGACGAGAUCGCGUUCAUGUGGAAGGCCGGCGACUUCAACGGGAAGUGGGAGCUCAAGCCAGAGUACAAGCAGAACGACGCCUUGCUGCUGAACCCGGCUGGUGUCGAGGUCGCGCCCAAGGUCGAGGACGACUCCGAGAUGGAGAAGUCUGGCAUGGACGAGGACGAGGACGAUGUCUUUGAGGAUGUUGAGCCUUAA